AUGCGCAGGGAAAAGAAUACCAUACAAACUCGGCUAGAGGAAUUGGAAGCAGCUGCGCGGGCGCACGCGGAAGAAGUUGCUGCGGUGGAGAAGCGCUGGGCAGCAGAAGCAGCAAAAGAGAAGGCAGCAGCAGCAGCAGCAGCAGCAGUAGCAGAGAAGGAGCUUCAGCAAACGAUGCGGCAGCUGGUCGUUGCGCAGGCAAGGACAAGAAAAGCGCAGGCGCAGCUCGAGCUGUCUCGGCAGCAGCAGACUUCACUGGAAAAGACACUGCAUGGACUGAUUGGAGACGCACCGCCUGAGGACCGCGCCAAGUCGCUCGUUAAUGAAUUUGCAUCGUUGGGGCGCCUCGAGGAUGCUGUACUGACGCUUCAUAGAGCCAUGACAGUGCUGCAGCGCAGCCGACCAGAAGCAACUAGCCCCGACGCGGCAAGGGCAGCAGCAGCAGCUGCUGCUACUCCCGCCAACCCAGCAGCAGGAGCAGCAGCAACAGCAACAGCAGCAGCUGCAGGCCUCCGGAAGAAGCGCAGGCCUCCUUCCGAAGCCUCCUCAUCCGGGGCUUCCGCAGCAGCAGCAACAGCAGCAGCAACAACAGCAACAGGUGCAGCAGCAGUAGCAGCAGCAGAUGCUCCAAUAUGUCUGGACUCAGAGGAGGAGGAUGAAUUCGAGAGUCUCCGCAAUGCCGAGUCCAUGCGGGCACUGAGAGGCUUGUUGCAGCAGCAGCAGCAGCAACAGCAACAGCAGCAGCCCCUGCUGCAGCAACGCACUAUGCUGCGCCCCAACAGUCUCGGAGUCAUAGGCGGGCCACCAAACAAAACCAGGGGGCCCCCUAAGAGGGGCCCUUUGGUUUUGCCUGCUGCUCCUGCAGCAGCAGCCACUGCUGCUGCUUCUGCUACUGCUUCUUCUGCUACUGCUGCGGCUGCUGCACAACAACAGCCAGGGCGCGAAGUCGCAGCCCCAGCAGCCACGCCGACGGAUGUCUUGAAGUCCCGCCUACGGCGGCAGCAGCAGCAGCAGCAGCAGGAUCUGCAGCAUCAGCAGCAGGAUCUGCAGCAGCAGCAGCAGCAGCAGCAUACUGCUGCUGCUGCUGCUGCUGCUCCCGAAGCAUUUAGCAUUAGCAGCAGCGAAUCACAGGAGUUCUCCGACCCUCGCGCGCUGCGCUGUGAGAUGACUCCAGUUCUCCGCCGUCCUGCAGCAGCAGCACCAGCAGCAGCAGCAGCAACAGCAGCAGCAGCAGCAGCUGUAACCUCACCGACAGUAACUGCACGGGCAUUACCCAACCCCGCAGCAGCAGCAGCAGCAACAAUAGCAGUAGCUACAACUGCAGCAGCAACAGCAGCAACAGCAGCUCCAGCAACAGCAACGACGCCAUUGAGGCGGACCGUUCAGCGGGCCACCGGAGCGCUUCUUUAUCCGCACAGCAGCAGCAGCAGCAGCAACAGCAACAACAGCGGCAGCAGCAGCACACGAAGCAGUACCCAACCCAGCAGCAGCAGCUGUUGCAUCAGCAGCAGCAGCAGCAAUCCGCCCAGCAGCAACCCAGCUCGCCACAACCACGGCGGCAGCCGCAGCAACAGCGGCUAUCCGAGCAGCAGCAGGAGGGUUGGAUACGACAUGUAUUUGGCUGAGUCCUUUGAGCUUCCUGAAGAAAAGCAGCAAAAGGAGGACUCCCAGGCGGCGCUGAAUUUGCUGCUGCGCCCAUCACCUUCUCUCUACUCCCCCGCCCCCCUCCCUGACACAGCAAGCAGCAGCAGCAGCAGUAGCAGCAGCACCACCACCACCAAAAUCAGCAACAGCAGCAGCAGCACCAAAAUCAGCAGCAGCAGCAGCAGCAGCAGCAGCACUAAAAUCAGCAGCAGCAGCAGCAGCAGCAGCAGGGCCGUUGAGCAGGCUUCUUCGCCGCCCCACACCGCCGUGAGAGGCCCCUCGGGUACAGCAGGAGGGGGGGGGCCCUCAACGCCUUUGCGGCAGCUACGGAUAGCGCUGAAGGCCCCAGCAGCAAACCCUUUUUCUCUUGCUGCAGCAGGGUCUCCUCCUAGCGUUUUGGCUUGCGGUGUCUCUGCAGCUUCGCGGGCAAUAUGGGGCUCCUUAUGGGGGGCCCCCAAAAGGAUAUGGGGGCCCCUUCCGGGGGCCCCCCGAAAGGGCAUGGGGGCCCUUUCCGGGGGCCAUCCGAAAGAGCUUGGGGGCCCCUUCCGGGGGGCCCCAAAAGGGAUAUGGGUUUGGACCCCUUUCUGGGGGCCCCCCAAAAGGAUAUGGAGGCCCCUUCUGGAGGCCCCGCAAAGACGUUGCUGCUGCAGAUGUGUUGCUGCUGCUUCAUUUGCUGAGGCUGCAACUGCUGCUGCUUUGGCGGCUGCUGCUGCAGUUGGGCCUGCUGCAGCUGCUGCUGCGCAGCAGCUGCAGCGUACAGAUGCUGUUGUCCCUUAA